CAUGGCGUCCAGAGUGUCGCCUCCCAGGCGGUCGCUGUACCCGCUGGAGGACACGGGGAAGUGGAUGCACCAGCUGCGCGAGCAGUAUAAGCGCAUCCUGACGCCGCUCUCGCUCUUCCCCACCACUUUUUCUCGACUCAAGCCUUCCCUGUCCGGCCCUUCUCUGGGCCCGCCAGAGGAGGAGGAGCUGCCGGUGCCCAUCUCGCUCUCGGCCCUGAUGCAGCUGGUGAAGGCCCGCUUGAAGCCGGGCCCUCAGGAGGCCAACGCCCACCCUCAGCACCUGCGGACCUUCCAGAAUAUCAUCCUGACCGAGGUCAAGCACGCCCACAAGGACCUCCAGCACCUGCUGCACGACCCGGCCUUCAGCCCCGACACCAACCGGGAGCUGUACCAGCAUCUCUUGACCUACCUCGGCCUGGUGUGCCAGCAUCUCUUCCGCCACUAUUUGGGCCUCAUGGAGUGCUGCCGGCUGCGGCACAUCUUCACUGAUUGUGCCAACCUCAUCCGCUUCUCGGCCCAGCUGGCUCUGGAUUGCUCCAAGUUCCUCAACGUGGUGGCCGUGCGCCAGCGCCUGGUGUGGGAGAUGAAGAGGCAGGUGGACCGCCCGACCGAUUCGCCGACCAAACCCUCCAGCCCUUUUGGCCCCAUGACCACCCAUUCCUUGGGCAACCGCCUGGGCAUCACCAUCUCUUACUUCAUCAGUUACAUCCGGCCCCAUAUGCUGACGGAGAAAGAAAAAGUAGCCCAGGAUUUGAAAGAGCUGGAGGAGUUACCCUUGCUGGACAUGAGCAAAAUAAAGAAGUUGAAUCUACCCACGGCCAGGAAAGCCAAUUUCCUGCAGCAAAUGGCCUGCGUUGCCAUCACACCACCUUGUCCUCGUGUGGGUUCACGCAACUGGUCUAGGCCUCAGAUUCUCCCAGCCACUUCUGUCCUUCUCAAGUGCCAGUCUCUGCCUAAUAUGAGAGUAGGGAAGCUUUUAGCUGAUGAACUUGGCAUCCAUUUGAUCCCUCGCCGGAUCAGCCCCGAUCUGCUUUGUCGCUGCCCUGAAUCCCCCGAAGUAGGCGAACUGAGGGGUCCAGCAGCCCUAGCCGAAGACCUUCAGAGGCUGGUCCGGGGCUCCCACUUGGAGAACACUGAGUGGAAAGGCGAGCAAGACGAUUUAGAUCUCCCUCCGCUCAUUAGAGCGUUGACAUGGAGCAAAGCCAACGAGAAUCGCCAGCUGCAGUUGCAGAGAAUGCUCAAGUCCCUGCACGAGGAAGAGUGUUUUGAGACGAAGCGGAGAAACACCAUCAUCGCCGCCCCAGCCUCGCAUCCUCAGGCAGCGACAGUGAAUGUCAGAAUCCACGAUAGGAUGGUGGUGAAGACAGCUGAUCUCCAGGUGUCUGAAAGACACUAUUUGGAAAAUGUGACGAUGGAUAGGUCUUUACCAAUCUACAACCACCUCCUGGGAGAGAUAACCCCUGCUACCAUGAAGAUACUGGACGCAAACCUUUCUACAGGAGAAGAAGUCAAGGAGAUCUACAAGGAACUGAUGAAUACGAUUCCUAAAGAGCACCUGAAGUUCGACCAAGGAUCCUUGAUAGAAUGUCCUGCCACAAACCUGCCUCACGACUCCUGCUUUGCUUCCUCAACACUGACAAAGAGAAAAAGUGAGCAGAUCAUUAAUACAGAGCUGAGUCAAAUCCUCCCAGAUGGGCCGUUUGUCCCAGAGGAAAUGGUUGAGGCACCCCAAUCCCCAAAUCUAACCAAGAAGAAGCUGGCUUCAAAAGAAUACGCAUCUUGGCUCAAAUGGUGGAAAGCCACAUUUAACAUCGAUGAUUACUUGAAAUACAUCAGCAACAACACCGCUGACUAUCUGCCGGUCAUAUUUCAUUUGUACAACCCUGAAGAAGACAGUAAAGAAGGGAAGGAGAGAGACAUGCAGGCUGUGUUAAACGAGGAUGAAGUGAAGAAGCAGAAAGUGAAGAGGAAACAGCUCAAAGCUGCAGAGCUUCAGUCUCAGAAAUUGUUUCGCACCGGAUUGUGGAAUGUCAGCAGCACCCGGUUGGAGGACCUGGGAAGUUCUACUAGUGACGGGUUUGAAGAGUUCAAUGUCCUACAGAGGAGGUUGGAAAGACUAUGGACUGUCCUUCAUUUCUCUGAACGGGAAAGGCUAGAUAUGGCCAUUAAGUACAGCUCCAACCAGUAUUACUUACUGCUUCCAGACAUGCUGAAUUCUUGGGAAGUUGCUGCCCAGUUUAUCCAGGAUAGGGAGCUCCUGCUGGCUGAAAUAGAAGAGUUUGAGCAGACUGCUUCGGACCCCAACCGCUUGUUCAGCAAGGAGCUUGGCGCAUUUGCCACCAGAAGGCAAGAGUCAAACCUGAGAAGCCAAUUGCAGUCCGAGUUGGACCAGUACAACUUCGAACUCCGUUUGAUUCUGAAACAUAUCAACGAUGCCUUCAAUGAUAUAGUGACUUUCAAGGGUCGCCCGUACCAAGACAAAAUGGAGAGGGACACAGUGGAGAUGCUUUAUUGGCUGCAGCAGGAACGUCGGGCUGUAGUUUUGAGGAAAGCGGUCCAGAGGAAGCGCUCAGGAAGACUUUCCCCUCUUUUUUAGAUUGGCUUCACUGUCUGGUGCCUUGGAAGCAGUCAGACAACUCUUUCCGCCUUCCGUUAUGUCUCCCGCCCCCCCCAUUUAGGAGGCUGAGAACAAUGGAGGCAAGUGUCAAGUUAAAAUCAUUUUGAUGGAAAAGUGAAACGAGUUUUUCCUUAGGUUCAAGGAUGAGCUGGAGAUACACAGAUUAGACAGGUGAUUGGAGACUAAGCUGACACCCUGCAAAAUAUCCCCAGGAAGAAUAGCAAAACAGCAGUUGGUGCUUAUGGCCUUUGCCUU